AAGCUGUUAAGAGCCGUGGAUCAGCAAACUGUUGCAGUCAAGGAUAGCAACAAUUGCACCCCCCCUGUACAAAAUAGCGGGAAGAGUGCAGGCGCCCUACGUCGGCGACGCCGUCGCAAUAGAAAGCAACAAAAUUCACGCCAACCUGACGCCUCUGAGGAGCCAAGCGCGCAGCUAACACCAAGCACCUCCAAUUGGAACCGUGCCACGAAUAAUAGUCCCAUAACAGCCAAGAAAAUGCCAGCCCGUUUUGCCGAGGAAGUGAUCACCGCUGAGCCCGCAACGCAUACUGCCCCCCAAUUGGACCUGGGUGGUCACUAUGCGCCGCGCCAGCAGGUGCUGAAUGAGGAGAUUGCGAUAACUGGAUUCUCUGGCCGUCUGCCUGAGAGUUCAAAUAUCGAAGAAUUCAAGCAGAAUCUGUUCGAUGGCGUCGAUUUGGUUAAUGAUGAUCCCAGACGCUGGGAGCGCGGUCUAUAUGGACUACCCGACAGGAUGGGCAAAAUCAAGCAAAUCGAUCUGGAGAAUUUCGAUCAGCAGUUCUUUGGCGUGCACCAGAAGCAAGCCGAGUGCAUGGAUCCUUUGCUGCGCAUGCUGCUCGAGCUGACUCACGAGGCAAUCAUUGAUGCCGGCUUAAAUCCCACAGAUUUGCGCGGAUCUCGCACUGGCGUAUACAUUGGCGUAUCGACAUCAGAAACAGAGCAGCAUUGGUGCUGUGAUCCCGACCGUGUUAAUGGCUAUGGCUUGACGGGCUGUGCACGUGCCAUGUUUGCCAAUCGAAUUUCAUUUACCUUCGACUUCAAGGGACCAAGCUACAGCAUUGACACGGCCUGCUCCAGCUCGUUGUACGCACUGGAACAGGCUUUCUCCGAUAUGCGCGAGGGCAAGGUCGACAAUGCACUGGUCGCUGGCGCUGGCCUCAUUCUCAAACCCACCAUGUCGCUGCAGUUCAAGAGACUCAACAUGUUAAGUCCGGAUGGCAGCUGCAAGGCGUUCGACGAGUCCGGCAACGGCUAUGUACGCUCCGAUGGCUGUGUGGUGUUGCUUCUGCAACGUACAUCGGUUGCCAAGCGUGUGUAUGCUUCCAUUUUGAAUGUGCGCACAAACACGGACGGCUACAAGGAGCAAGGCAUCACCUAUCCCAUUGGUAGUAUGCAGAAUCGUCUAAUACGCGAGACAUACGAAGAAAUUGGUCUUAAUCCCAACGAUGUGGUAUAUGUGGAAGCUCACGGCACCGGCACCAAAGUUGGUGAUCCACAGGAGGUUAAUUCCAUCACUGACUUUUUCUGCAAGAACCGUACCACGCCCCUACUGAUUGGAUCGGUCAAGUCAAACAUGGGUCACUCGGAGCCGGCGUCCGGCGUUUGUUCGGUAGCCAAGAUACUGAUCGCGAUGGAGUCGGGCAUCAUACCCGGCAACCUGCACUACAACAAGCCCAAUCCGGAUCUGUACGGUCUGCUUGAUGGUCGUCUCAAGGUGGUCGAUAAGAACAUGCCAUGGAACGGAGGCAUCAUUGGCCUAAAUUCCUUUGGCUUUGGUGGCGCUAACGCUCACGUUAUUCUGAAGUCCAAUCCCAAGCCAAAGACCAUAACACCACGCAACGGUGGACCUAAAGUUGUGAUUGCUUCCGGUCGCACCUUCGAGGCCGUACAACAGAUGCUCGAAUCUGCCGCCGACCACACUGACGACGAUGAAUAUCUGCACCUGAUUAACGAUAUACACUCAAAGCCCAUUCCGCUGCACUAUUUCCGUGGUUACAGUGUGGUGAGCAACAAAGGAUCGCUACAGCGCGAGGUGGUGGAGUUCAGCGACGAAAAACGCCCCAUAUGGUACAUCUAUUCGGGCAUGGGCAGCCAAUGGGCCAGCAUGGCGAAGGAUCUGAUGAAUAUCGAUGUGUUUGCCAAGAGCAUUCAACGCUGCGCCGAUGUUCUAAAGCCCGUGGGCGUGGAUUUAAUUGAAGUGCUAACACGGUCAACGGAUAAGAGCUUUGAGAACAUUCUCAAUUCGUUUAUCUCGAUUGCCGCCAUGCAGGUGGCCCUGACGGACCUACUUAGCUCACUAAAUAUCCAUCCGGCUGGCAUUGUGGGACAUUCGGUGGGCGAACUGGGCUGUGCCUAUGCUGACGGCUGCUUUACGCCCGAACAGACCGUGUUGGCUGCCUACUGGCGAGGCAAGAGCAUCCUGGAUACGCAGUUGCCAAAGGGCAAGAUGGCUGCAGUGGGUCUCAGCUGGGAUGAGGCGCACAAGCUCGUGCCCAGUGAUUGCUUCCCCGUCUGCCACAAUAGCGAAGACAAUUGCACAAUUUCGGGACCGGAGGCAUCCAUCGAAGCGCUGGUGGCCAAACUUAAUGCUCAGCAAAUAUUCGCCAAAGCUGUUAACAGCAGCGGCUAUGCAUUCCACAGCAAGUACAUCGCCGAUGCAGGUCCCAAGCUGCGCAAGAGCCUGGAGAAGAUUAUACCUAAUGCCAAGAACCGUACCGAACGUUGGGUGAGCACUAGUAUUCCCGAAUCGGCCUGGAGCACCCCGAUUGCAAAGCAAUCAUCAGCUGCCUACCACGUGAACAAUCUGCUAUCCCCUGUACUCUUUCACGAGGCUUUGCAACACGUCCCCAAGAAUGCCAUUUCCAUUGAAAUCGCACCACACGGCCUACUGCAGGCCAUACUGAAGCGCGCCCUUGGCCCGGAUGCCACCAACUUGAGCUUGGUAAAACGCGGACACGAAAACAAUGUGGAAUUCUUCCUGAGCAACGUGGGAAAGCUGUUUGCGGCUGGAGCUCAGCCGCAGGUGCUGAAUCUGGUGCGUCCCAUCAGCUAUCCUGUUGGUCGCGGCACUCCAAUGCUGAACUCAAAGGUCGGCUGGGAUCACACGCAGAAGUGGUUGGUGGCCAAGUUUGGCAAGGAGACCUCUUCGGGUGAAACCAUCAUCGAGAUCGAUCUCUCCAAGGAGGAGGACGCAUUCCUAGCUGGCCAUAAUAUCGACGGACGCAUUCUGUUUCCGGCUACCGGGUAUAUGGCCUUGGCCUGGAUGACGUUUGCCAAAAUGCGAGGUGGCGAGUUCCAAAAGACGCCAGUUGUCAUGGAAAAUCUGGUAUUCCACCGUGCAACUAUUCUGAACAAGAGCGCCGUGGUCAAGUUCGGCAUAAACUUUUUCGAUGGCACUGGCAAGUUUGAGAUCUGUGAAAGCGGCAGCUUGGCCGUUUCCGGCCAGAUCACAAUUCCGGAGAGCAUCGAUAACGAGGAACUGCCCUUGGAACCCCAGGCGCCCAGCAAGGUAGCCAAGCCGCUGGCCACCAACGAUGUCUACAAAGAGUUGCGCCUGCGCGGCUACGAUUACAGCGGAAUUUUCCGCGGUAUUUUGAGCUCCGAUACCUAUGCUUCCAGUGGUAAUUUGCAGUGGGUGGACAAUUGGGUUAGCUUCAUGGAUACCAUGCUUCAGUUCAGCAUUCUAAGCAAGAACCUACGCGAACUGUACUUGCCCACGCGCAUAGAGAAGGCCGUCAUCAAUCCACUCAAGCAUUUGGAGCUAAUUAAGGGACUCACUAAGGUAACACAAACAGAGACUGGUCUGCCGGUCUACUGGUAUAAUGAUAUUAAUGUUAUCAAGAGUGGCGGAGUUGAGCUACGCGGUCUCAAAGCCUCGCUGGCACAGCGUCGCCCGGGCACCCAGAACCCACCCACACUUGAACGCUACUGCUUUGUGGCCAACAACAAUGCAACCGAAUUGCAUGAGAAUACGGAAAAGGCACGUUUACACGCUCUGGACGUGUCCAUUCAGCUAAUCAUUGAGAACUCCGGUGGUGCUGUCAAAUUGAAGGGUGUCGAGCUGGCCAAUGGCCGUAAUCCCGAUGUGCUCACGGCCAAUCAUUUGCUGCAAAUUAUUGAAGGCGAACCGUUGCUAACCGGCGAUGUGGCCGUGGUUACAUCCAACAACAAUGAGGAGAUUAUCGCGAGCGCCCUAGGCGAUUCUGGUGUACGCGUCAUAACCAAGGAUGUGCUUAAGGAGCCGGUUGAACAGAAUUGCCACUUUGUAUUCGGCAUCGAUGUGCUCGCCCGACCGGAUACAAAGACUCUCGAAAAUAGCAUUGCCAGCAUUCGUGAUGGCGGUUUUCUCAUCUUUGAGGAAGGUCUGACUACGUAUGUCAAGACUGGACGCGCACUUCUCGAAAAGUUCGGCUUCGUUGCCGUGCAAGAGCAGACGCUGGGUGGCACACGCGUUGUCGUACUGGCACGCCGUCGAGUCGAUCUGAAGACGCGCAAAUCUGUGGUCGUGCAGGUCACAGAGAAGAACUUUGAUUGGGUCGAUGAACUUAAGGCUGCGCUGGCCACAGCGGCCACGGAGCAACAAUAUGUCUAUGUGGUCUGCCAGAAUGAGGAACUGUUUGGUGCUGUCGGUCUGAUGACAUGCAUCAAGAAUGAGAACGGCGGUAAGCUGGCACGUUUGGUAUUCGUACAGGAUCUUGUAUCCGAGAAGUUUGCACUCAACGCGCCGCUGUACCAAAAGCAGCUGGAAAAGGAUCUGGUUUCGAAUGUACUUAAGAACGGCAACUGGGGUAGCUUCCGUCAUCUGAAACUGGAGACCCAACAGGCCACCCUACAGGUCGAUCAUGCCUAUGUUAAUACUCUAGUCAAAGGCGACUUGUCCUCUCUGAAGUGGAUCGAGGGUGCCAAGAUCGAUAGCACAACCAAAAAAGACUAUGAAACCUGCACCGUUUAUUAUGCGCCCAUUAACUUCCGUGACGUGAUGCUGUCUUCGGGUAAACUGGCCGCGGAUGCUCUGCCUGGUGACCUGGCCGAGCAGGAUUGCGUUUUGGGCUUGGAGUUUGCCGGCCGAGAUACCGCCGGACGCCGGGUAAUGGCCAUGGUACCGGCAAAAUCUUUAGCAACUACUUGCCUGGCCAGCAAGCGCAUGAUGUGGCAAAUACCCGAAAAGUGGACCAUGGAGGAGGCCUCCACGGUGCCCUGUGUCUACGCUACCGUAUACUAUGCCCUUGUCGUGCGCGGGCAAAUGAAGAAGGGUGAGCGCAUCCUUAUCCAUGCCGGCUCGGGCGGUGUGGGCCAGGCUGCCAUUUCUGUGGCCCUGCACCACGGUCUGACGGUCUUCACCACGGUCGGCAGCAAGGAGAAACGUGAAUUUUUACUGAAGCGUUUUCCCAAGCUGCAGGCACGUAACAUUGGCAAUUCACGUGACACAUCGUUUGAGCAAUUGGUUAUGCGCGAAACAAAGGGACGCGGUGUCGAUCUUGUACUGAACUCACUGUCCGAGGAGAAGCUUCAGGCAUCUAUACGCUGCUUGGGUCUCAAUGGACGUUUCCUGGAGAUUGGCAAAUUUGAUCUGAGCAACAACAGUCCAUUGGGCAUGUCGGUGUUCCUGAAGAACACAUCGUUCCAUGGUAUUCUGCUCGACAGCGUAAUGGAGGGCGAAGAGGAAAUGCAGAACCAAGUGGUAUCACUCGUAGCCGAGGGAAUCAAAAGCGGCGCUGUUGUACCUUUGCCCACAUCCGUGUUUAAUGACAAACAAGUGGAGCAGGCCUUCCGUUUCAUGGCGUCAGGCAAGCACAUCGGCAAGGUGGUCAUUAAGGUGCGCGAUGAAGAGGAUGGCAAGAAGACGCUAAUGCCCAAGCCGCGUCUGAUCAACGCUAUUCCCCGCACCUACAUGCAUCCGGAAAAGAGUUAUAUACUUGUUGGUGGCCUAGGCGGUUUUGGCUUGGAGCUAACCAACUGGCUGGUUACACGAGGAGCACGCUAUAUUGUGCUCACCUCGCGCUCGGGCGUUAAGACCGGCUAUCAGGGUCUAAUGAUACGUCGCUGGGAGGAGCGCGGCGUUAAAGUGGUAAUCGAUACUAACGAUGUGACUACGGCUGCGGGAGCCAAGAAAUUACUGGAAAGCAGCAACAAAUUGGCACUGGUCGGAGGUAUAUUUAAUUUGGCUGCCGUGCUGCGGGAUGCGCUGAUUGAGGAUCAGACAGCCAAGGACUUUAAGACCGUUGCGGAUCCUAAGGUGACAGCCACAAAAUUCUUGGACCAAUAUUCGCGCACCAUUUGCACGGAGCUCGACUACUUUAUCUGCUUUUCGAGCGUCUCAUGCGGUCGCGGCAACAUUGGACAAACUAACUACGGCCUGGCGAACUCCGCCAUGGAGCGCAUUUGUGAACAACGCCAAGUUAGCGGAUUCCCCGGCACAGCCAUACAAUGGGGCGCCAUUGGCGACACUGGCUUGGUGCUAGAGAAUCUCGGCGAUAACGAUACUGUUAUUGGAGGCACACUGCCGCAGCGCAUGCCGUCCUGUCUGCAGACCAUCGACAUAUUCCUGCAGCAGCCACAUCCUGUAUUGGCGUCCAUGGUGGUGGCCGAGAAGCGCAAGUCGGAUCAGUCCGCCGGUGUUAGUCUUAUUUCAACCAUAUCGAAUAUCUUGGGACUGCGUGACACCAAAAACAUUCAAGACGCCUCUUCUCUAGCCGAUUUGGGCAUGGACUCCCUAAUGGGAGCGGAAAUCAAGCAAACACUGGAGCGCAACUUUGAUAUUGUUCUCUCGACGCAGGAGAUUCGUCAACUAACUUUUGGAGCUCUCAAAGAAAUGGACGGCGGCGCCGAGGUGAAGCCCACUGCAAGCUCAGCUGAUGCGGCUGUCAGUGAACCGGCUGCCAAGUCCACGCCUCCAUCGCGAACAGCCAGUCCCAUGGGAGAUGGUACACAGGUGGUUUUCACCACUGCACUGAUACCCACAGAGGAAAUUGUGCGCCUGGAGACUCAGGCACCGGCAAAUAGCACACAGAAUCCGAUAUUCUUUAUUGCCCCAAUUGAAGGAUUUGCCACAGCGCUGGCAUUGUUGGCCAAGAAGCUCGAGGUGCCUGCCUACGGCUUGCAAUUCACCAGCACCGUGCCCUUAGACUCCAUAGAGGCAGCAGCGAGAUUCUAUAUCAAACAGUUGCGUACGGUGCAGGCAAAGGGACCCUACAAACUGGCAGGCUACUCCUUUGGCUGUCUGCUCACCUACGUAAUGGCCGCCAUACUGGAGGAGACCAACGAAAUUGCCAAUGUUGUCAUGCUGGAUGGCGCGCCCACCUACGUCAAUUGGUAUACGAGCAGCUUUAAGCAGCGAUACACCGUCGAUGACGACAACAGCAACCAAAGCUACGGCCUGGCCUACUUCGGUCUUGUGCUGGCCAACAUUGACUAUAAAGCUCUGGUACGUUUGCUACUGGUGAUACCCACCUGGGAGGAGAAACUAGAAAAGUUUGCUGAGCUUCUGAGUGUGGAAAUAACCCAGCCGGUGGAGACUAUCAAAACGGCUGCGAAACUCUUUUACAAGAAGCUGGAGCUGGCCGACGGCUAUACGCCAAAAUUGAAACUCAAGUCAAAGGUGACAUUGGUGAAGCCCACAGAUAACUCUGCUAAAAUGGAUGAGGACUAUCGCCUUAAGGAGGUUUGCAUAAAGCCCGUGGAAGUGCACACUGUCGAAGGCAAUCAUCGUACAUUCCUUAUAGAGGAUCAGUCCCUGGUGACAAUUCAGAGUAUACUUAAGCGACUCUUCAACUAGCAACCAUGACUAAAACAUUCCAAAAGGCACGCACACAUUAGCAUAUAUAUAUAUAUAUAUAAUACUCAUGUUCUAAUUAGUCCAUAUUGUAGCUGUGGAAGCUCUCUAUUUUCUAUUUUCCUCUUUUUCUUUUAUAAGGAAGUGCACAGCAUCACCACAAAUUACAUUACAGCACAAGCUAGCACAUUUAAUAAUGAAUUUAUACUAUUAAGCUAAAAAGAAUAUAUUCAAAUUAUUUUAACAUGUCCAACAGUUUAGCAAGUCUAUGUAAUGUAACUGCCGUCUUGCAACGCCUGUGGAUACAAAGGUCCAAAAAUUAAUCCACACGAGUUGCGAUUCUGGGCAGUUGAUUUUACUAAAAUCUUUAUGCACAUGUAAA